AUGGCGACAGAAUGGAGCGGGCAGCAGGGUUACAUUCUCACUGUCGUUAUCUGCCUGUGGAGCGCGGUCGGGGGGCGCACGGAGGCGGCGGCUGCGGCUGCGGCGGCGGCGGGGACCGGCGGCAGCGAGGUGCUCGGCAUGCGGCUGGAGAGGAGCGACAAGCCGGCCAGCACCAAUGACGACGGUGUCAUCCAGGUGACAGAGGAGAGCUCCGUUCAGCUCCGGUUUUACGGGGUGCAGCUCCACUCGGGCGCCUGGACGCAGAUCCGCUUCACGGAGCUCGCGGAAGGGGAGGACGCGGGAGCGGACGCGGAGGAGGAGGAGGAGGCGGCGGCGGCGGUGGCGGCUGCGAGAGGAGGCAGCAGCAGCGGCAUGAUGGAGGGACCGGACAGGACUUGUGUUGACUUCACGAAAGACAUCAGUGUCGGGACCUUCAUGAACGUGAGCAGCAGGGGCACGUCCGGGCUGCUCACCGUGCACGUGAAGCCGCUGCGCAAGAGCGAGCCGCAGAAGGAGUACGCGGUGUGCACGGCGAGCGGCGCGGACGGCAGCAGGUGGGUGCUGCUGGGGGACAGCGAUGGCAGGCUGCUGGUGGUGGAGGAGAAGAAGUCCCUGCUGCCCCUAUGGCUGCAGGGCAUCCUCAUUUCCUGUCUGCUGGUCCUCUCCGGGAUGUUCUCCGGGUUGAACCUGGGCCUGAUGGCGCUGGACCCCAUGGAGCUGCGCAUCGUGCAGAGCUGCGGCACCGACAAGGAGAAGAAUUACGCGCGGAAGAUCGAACCCAUCCGCAGCAAAGGUAACUACCUCCUGUGCUCGCUGCUGCUCGGCAACGUCCUGGUGAACACCACGCUCACCAUCCUGCUCGACGACCUGAUCGGAUCCGGGCUCGGGGCUGUGGUGGCCUCCACCGUGGGGAUCGUCAUCUUUGGGGAGAUCGUCCCCCAAGCGCUGUGCUCGCGCCACGGGCUGGCCGUGGGGGCAAACACCAUCCUGGUCACCAAGUUCUUCAUGUUCCUCACGUUCCCGGUGUCCUUCCCGGUCAGCAAGCUCCUGGACGUCCUGCUGGGUCAGGAGAUCGGGACCGUGUACAACCGGGAGAAGCUGGUGGGGAUGCUGAAGGUGACGGAGCCGUACAACGACCUGGUGAAAGAGGAGCUCAACAUGAUCCAGGGCGCGCUGGAGCUCAGGACCAAGACCGUGGAGGACGUGAUGACCCCCAUAGGGAACUGCUUCAUGAUCCAGGCGGACGCGGUUCUGGACUUCAACACCAUGUCGGAGAUCAUGGAGAGUGGAUACACGCGCAUCCCGGUGUAUGACGACGAGAGGUCCAACAUCGUGGACAUCCUGUACGUGAAGGACCUGGCCUUCGUGGACCCGGAUGACUGCACCACCCUGAAGACCAUCACCAAGUUCUACAACCACCCGGUGCACUUUGUGUUUCACGACACCAAGCUGGACGCCAUGCUGGAGGAGUUCAAGAAAGGUAAAUCCCACCUGGCCAUCGUCCAGAAGGUGAACAACGAGGGGGAGGGAGAUCCGUUCUACGAGGUGUUGGGAUUGGUGACCCUGGAGGACGUCAUCGAGGAGAUCAUCAAGUCCGAGAUCCUGGACGAGUCUGACCUCUACACCGACAACAGAAACAGGAAAAAGGUCGACCCGAAUAAAAACAAGCCCGACUUCUCGGCCUUCAAGAACGACGCCGACAGCAAAGUGAAGAUCUCUCCUCAGCUCAUGCUGGCCGCUCAUCGUUUCCUGGCUACAGAGGUGAGUCUGUUCAGCCCGUUCCAGAUCACAGAGAAAGUCCUGCUGAGGGUCCUGAGACACCCCGACGUCAUCCAGGAGCUCAAAUUCAACGAGAACGACAAACGCUCGCCGCUUCACUUCCUGUACCAGAGAGGGAAACCUGUCGACUACUUUGUCCUCAUCCUGCAGGGGAGAGUGGAGGUGGAAGCUGGAAACGAAAACAUGAAGUUUGAAACCGGCCCGUUCUCCUACUACGGAGUCAUGGCUCUGAGCUCACCAACGAUGGCUGUCACCCCUCCUCUCUCCCCGUCAGUGGCGUCCCCCCCUCCACGACGCCUCUCUCUUAAGAGGUUUUCUCUGUUCACUCGUUUUCCAGAGUUUCGUUCCCCGUCACAUGGGGGCAACCUCAACCGCUCGGCGUCUCUGAGCUGCACUGAGCGCGCUCCGGACAGCGCCUCGGUGGGCGGGAGCAUCAACCAGAUCCCAGGGACACCCUUCCAAUACAUAACAGACUUCUGCGUCCGUGCCCUCACAGACCUGCAGUUUGUCAAGAUCACUCGUGCUCAGUACCAGAACGGUCUCCUGGCCUCCAGGCUCGACAGCUCGCCUCAGACCCCAGACGGCAGUCACACUCGUCUGGACACAUCUGCCUCAUUGCCCAUCACGCCGCCGGGGACCCGCGUUCCACUGCCGCUGGCCACACCUCCUUUUAAGCGCCAGACGUCUAACACUCAACUGCCACCGAGCAGCCGCUCGCUGCCCCAAACCACCUCGUCAUCCGGACGCAGACCCAGCCAGUCUCUGCCCCAAGCCACUCCCCCUCCGAUUAACCACACCCCCAUCUCCCAAACCCCUGCGUCUUCCAUGAGCAUAGCCAUCUCCAACCCCCACCCGACUCUGACCUCCUCCAGGUCCCAGCAUUCCUCUGCUGGCUCGGAGAACGGGGCGGGAGAGACCACCACUCUGCUCAGUGAGCAGCAGAACUGUGUGGGCCCGCGCAGACCCAGCCACGGCCAGGCCCACCCCCACCCACAGGUCCACACCAUCAGUCAUACACACACUGAGAGCACCAUCUAACUCGAGUCCCUGUGGGGGGAAACUGCCCGUGCACUCAGUUACAAAAAACACACACUAGCACUUCUUCCUGAUUCCUGUUUGCUCGUUGUCUCCUGAACUUGAAGUCUGAGGAGCAGCACAUCGGUGUAUUUUGUAAACGGAGAUCCUUCCUUUAUCCCUUCCUGCAUGCCCCCCCUCCCUCUCCAACACUAAACAAUAUCAAGAAUAGACUACAAAGAUGGCGGAGGCGCAUGGAACGCCGUUGAGCGUGAUUAGACAGGAUGUGUCUAACUUAAAGAAUCAGUUCACCAGGUUUCAAAAUUAUUAAUUUUUUGCCUUCAACCCAGAAAAUAUAAAUCUUUCUUAAAGAAACACUUUCCCAAAUUUUGAAAAUAACAGCACACAAAACUGAAACCAUUUACAAGUUGCUUUUUUUGUAAUUUGUGUGAACUGGCCCUUUAAGUCAUCGCUGGUGAGACAUUAGCAGAAGACUCACGUUCCCACCUGCUGCGUCCCUUCAGCCCUGCUACACACACUACUUUAAACCAGUAACAGUUGAGCUUUAUUUAUUUCUCUCAAUUUCUGUUUCUAUUUUUCCAAAGAGUGCAACUUCCAUAACCUGACACCGUCGAGGUUUUAACUUCAGUUGUAGUUCGUUAUAGAACAGCAGUUUGUAUGAUUGUGUGGUUGGGAUUUUGGGGGUGGCUUUUAUAGUCGAGGGACAGACAUGUGGGAAUGAAUAUCCCCUUGUCUCUCCUCUGUGCUGAGCUGCUGGUGGGUCUAUUUCACUUCCAGCAAACAGACCAGAUUCACUGUACUGUAAGGAUUUUGUGAUCUGAGGUGAAAGUUGAACAACCAUAACGCUGAUUUUGCACGAUUCUGCCACUUUUAAUACAAAUCCUGGACA